GUGAAGAGCGUUAGCAGCAUCAGAUGCAGAGCAGUUAAUGCUCUUUGUCUGUUGUGCAGCUCCUGCAGUGCAGCCAUGGAGAGCACAAGGAAACCUUGCCUUCUCAUCUCCCUUCUCUUGUUCGUGCUCCUUGUGUCAACUGUCCAUGGAGCUCAGCUCGCAGAUGCCAGGGACGCAGCAGCAGCAGGAGGUGACGAGGAGCGGACCACGGUGAGGACCGGUGCUGCCGGACAUGAAGGGCACGGCUACAGCAGCCACAGUGGUGGGCACAACCCGAACGGCGGCAUGCCGGAGCAAGGCGGGGCGGGGGUUGUCGAUCCCCGUAACCUCGCUGUCCGGAGCCACCACCGCCACCAUGGUGCGGCGAGCAGGAGGGCGCUUGGCUACUCUUCUGCAGCGAUCUGCGCGCUUGUGGGAGCAAUCCUUGCGGUGGUUCUUGUCUGAGUUUUCGGGAUCAAAGUGAGACGCUGUUUUAAGGUUCUGUUUGUUUCAGCUGUAGAUUAUGAAAAGCAGCUUAUAGAUUGUGGAUUGUAAGAAGUUGGAUUGUAAAAUCUGGAUUGUAAAAAGCUGGAUUAUGGAUGGUUACAAUCUGGUGGAAAGCAGAUUGCUGGAUUGUUACCAUCUGUGUGUUAGAUUGUAACAAUCCAGCUUUUUCAACCAGCUGUUUGUUUCAGCUUUUCGAUUGUGAUCAGAAUCCAGCUUUUACAAUCCAGCUGUUUGUUUCAGCUUUUAAAUUUUGAUCACAAUCCAGCUUUUAUAAUCUGAAACAAACAGAGCUUAAAUGUCUGGAGAGA